AUGGGCUCUGUUGUCGGUUUAGUGGAUUUUGUGGCUGUUCUUUUGAUCAUUGACGAAUCGCCCAUGUGGCUUGCAAAUAAUGGUCAUACCAACGAAGCGUUCACAAUCAUCCACAAACUUCGUGGCGGCGACUAUACACUGGCUCGAAAUGAGGUGAAGAGCUGGAGAUUGCCCGGUGCAAAUGGUGACGAAGACGAGGCAGUACCAUUGACAGAACUGGAAAAUUCAGUACAGUCACUGACUCAAGUUCCAUUGAAAAACUACCUUACCAGCAGAGAGUACAACAAUUCCAAAGUUGUUGGUACGGGGAUCUUGGUUCUUCAGCAAUUUUGUGGUAUAAACUCCAUCAUUUUCUAUGGAGUGUCCGUACUUGUAUCUAUCUUUCCCAAUUAUGCCAUUAUGAUCAAUUGUCUCAUUUCAGUGGUCAAUGUGGUGGUGACGUUUAUUGCUGCUCCUUUGGUGGAUCGUUUGGGCCGCAAACCGUUGUUGUUAACGUCGGUAAGUGCCAUGGCUGUACUGACGGUAUUGAUGGGUUUUGGUAUUAUUGGAACCAAUUCUGUCUUGUCUAUCGUGGGAACUUUUGCGUACAUUACGUUCUUUGCCCUUGGAUUAGGACCAAUUCCAUUUCUCAUUGUUAGUGAAGUGACACAACCUACAGCAAAGGCGCUGGCGCAGAGCUGGGGUAUGACGAUGAAUUGGCUUGCUACUUUUGUGGUUGGAUUUUUGUUCCCAUUGUUGAAAAGUUCGUGGAUCGGUGGAGGAGUAUACUUUAUCUUUACGUUCAUGUGUGUGGUGGCAUUUUUGUUUGUGAAGAAAUAUGUGCCUGAAACUAAAGGAACCAGUAGUUACGACGAGGUGUGGAAAGGCAGACAAAUGUAG